UUUUCUUUAACUAGUUGACACUAGCAAGAGGAGACGGCAGCAUCCUCUGUCCCGCAUCACCUCCAGAAAUUUUGCGUUAUGCUAAAAACAGACUUUCAUGUGAACGCAAAAGGAUCCGCAUCCCAAAACCAACCCGUUCCAUCAUUUUUUCCAGGCGUUUUCUCCAAUGCUUUGACAUCUGGAAUGUGCUGUUUUCUUUUAAGCGUCGUUUCCAUGCCAGCAUGGGAACUGCAGUGUCCAAAAGGAAGAAUCUGAGAAAUGAUGCGAUUUCUUCGGUGGCAGCCAAAGUUAGAGCAGCUCGUGCAUUCGGAGAGUACCUUCACACCCAUCCUGAGAACCGCAACGGAUCAGAUCACUUACUGUCUGACACCCUCGUUGGCCACGACUCUGACUCCCCAGACAGCCUGUGCACUCAGAACAACAACUUCCACAGCUGCACCCUCCAGGGCUCCACCAUCGGCGCCGACCCCAGCUUGAUCAACCCCGCCCUGGGCCUUGUGGAACCGCCGCCUCCGACAACUUCCUCCAAGAGCCGGCUGUCCCUAGAGCGCAGCUUUUCGGCAGAGGAGGACCAGCUGAAGUGUGUGGAGUGCGCCCUGCAGCCUGCUCAGGUCUACACCAUCACUGGAGAGAGCGGCAUGCUGGGAACCAGCCGGGGAAGCAAGGAGAACCUGGAGCUCGAGGUCUUGAAAGGGACGCAGGAGGCAUAUCAGCCCUGUACGUCCUCCAACUCAUCUUCUCCGACCCAACACCACCACCGCCACCAUGGAAGUGGAAGUGGAUCCGGAAACCAUCAUCACGGCAACCACCAUCACAGCUACACCAGCGGAGGUGGAAGCAGCGGAACUAGUGGAUCAAACCCCCACCAGCACAUCUCUGGUGCAGGAACGUCGCACCAUCACCACGGGGAGCCCCAUCACCAACACCACCUUUCCCAGCCGCUGCAGAGCUCGGUCAGCGCGCACAACAUCCGCGGCUGGGGGGAGGGAAAGGAAUGCGGCCUGGCAUGCGAGGCCUGUGCCGGGGCUCCCUCGCGCAGCCAGGGCUCCCUGGACCUGGAAAGCAGCACUCGAGAGGCAGGCAAGCAGCGCCGGCCACCACUAGAGCGGAUGUGCAGUGUGGACCGCAUGACUGGGCUGGAGCGAGAAGAUAACAGUUGGUUCCCUAAAGAAAACAUGUUCAGCUUUCAGACUGCUACAACGACCAUGCAGGCGAUUUCGAAUUUCCGGAAGCAUUUAAGAAUGGUGGGCAGCAGAAGAAUUAAAGCACAAACAUUUGCAGAGCGCAGGGCGAAGAGUUUCAACCGAUCCUGGAGUGAUCCGACCCCUGUCAAACAAGACUCCCUAAACGACUCAAAAGACAGUGGGGAUCUGCAGACGACCUGCGGUACUCCAGAGGAGGGCGGAUGUGAAGACAUGGACUGGGAGGAGGAGAGAGAGAUGGAGAGACUGGCGUGUGAGGUGGAUGACUUCAUCCCUCCUAAAAUUAUGCUGAUCUCAUCUAAAGUUCCUAAAGCAGAAUAUGUUCCCAACAUCAUUCGAAGGGACGAUCCAUCUAUUAUACCUAUUCUCUAUGAUCAUGAGCAUGCCACGUUUGAUGAUAUUUUGGAGGAGAUUGAGAAGAGAUUGACAGCCUACAGGAGGGGCAGUAAGAUCUGGCGCAUGAUGAUCUUCUGUCAGGGUGGCCCGGGGCACCUGUACCUUCUGAAGAAUAAAGUGGCCACUUUUGCCAAGGUCGAGAAAGAGGAAGACAUGAGCCAGUUUUGGAAACGUCUGAGCCGGUUUAUGAGUAAAGUGAAUCCAGAGCCCAACCUGAUCCACAUCAUGGGUUGUUACGUACUGGGCAAUCCUAAUGGAGAGAAGCUGUUCCAGAAACUGAAGAACCUGAUGAGGCCUUAUUCUGUCAAGUUUGAGUCACCGCUGGAGCUCUCCGCUCAGGGCAAAGAGAUGAUUGAGAUGUACUUUGACUUCCGUCUGUUUCGACUUUGGAAAACCCGGCAGCACUCAAAACUCCUCGACUACGAAGAUCUCUUGUGACCCCACGCGGGUCAGUGUGUAGCAUUGCGGGCAGGACGUCCCACUGUAAAACUCCAUUCCACCAGCUUUCAUUUUGGAGUUCCGGAGGAAGAGGAGUGGAGAGGGACACAGCCACUUCGCUGCCAUCACUACGUCUCGAGCAUUGUUCAUUUCAGCUCACCUCUGUGGACUUCGACCGCCUCAGAACGGUAACACAAGAAACAAAAACGAGUGGCAAAUGGUUCAAAACACAAGAGAAAUCCGGAUACGUGGUGUUUUUGUUCUCUAAUGGAGAAAAGAGAAGUUGUUUCUCAGAACUGGUUGACAGUCUGUCGACUGCUUUUGUUUUUAAACUAACAUAUCGCAGACUUAUCGAUCACUAGCCGAGACCGUUGUGCUUACAAGUGUCACGCCGAAACUUACCUACCAGAACACAAAAAUGGUCCUAUAUGAAAUAACUAAUAUA